AAAAUUUGUGUUGCAGAUGAGCACCAAGGAGAGGUGCUCCUUAUGCGGAGGUGGUCCAUUUUUUCCUUCUCAUUUACGCGAACAUUUACGUCGUGUACAUCAUCAUGAAAAAGGGACCGAUGAGAAAAAUAAUGAGACUCUUGAUAAUAUGCAACUUUCUGGUAAGAUCGAUCAUGUUUAUACACUUUAUACCACAAAGCAGCAACAAGAUCUACAGAGAAUAAAUGCAAGUAUUUUGAAUGCGAUAAUGGCGAGCAAACCCACACCGAAUAUGGCUUGCCCAACUUGUGCGCAGGAAUUUCUGAACAAGUCGGAUUUGGCACUACAUUACAUUGAGUCACAUAAUCGUGAAUAUUCACUGCCAAUUGAGAGGGAAAUGGGAUUUAACGCAAGAAUGCAAUCCUCCCUCACAAACACCAACCAACAAGUCAAUGCCGACGUAGAUGAAUCUAAGCGGGAAGUACAUGCAAAUGACCUUCUUGGAUGCGAGCAAGGAGCAGAUGAAUCCAUGGGUGAUGGUGGGCAAAAUGAUGCCACGCAGGAGUUUCAAAACCAUGAAACUAUGCCCAAAACGGUUGUGAAUGCUGGAAGUAGAAAAAUUAUCAAGGUCUUCAAAGGUCCCGAAAUUAGGAUGAGAACAGUGCUUGAAACUCCGGAAGAACGAGCAAGGCGUUUACAGCAAGAAGUAGAAAGAAAUCAGCGUUUGCAACAAGAAUUAGAGAGAAAUCGAAGUGUUGUGGAAAGUGAAGAGGAAAGAGCAGCACGUCUACGAAGAAACGCGGAAAGGUCAAAGAUGAGAUUGUCCGAAGAUGGCCAAGAGCGGGAAAGAAAAAGGGAGCGACUGGAGUAUGACGAGCAACAACAGGGAACUCGCAAAAAAUCGGAAAUCCUGAAAUCAUCUACGCUGUUUUCUGCUAUUUCUGCAGAGAUGAUAAAUGUGAAGGAUUUCGUCGCAUCUGAACAUUCAGCCAGUGCAAACAAGGGACCUCUUUGUUAUGCUAUCGUCGGUAUCAACUCAGUUGCACAACGAACUAUAUUUUCGAGACUUAUGAGAAGAUUCGAGUUUGAUGAUAUUGGCUUCGUGAGUAACCCUGCUGCUGAAAAGACCACUGCUUCUGUCACCGAAGGGACUUUAUCAGCAUGUAGCUUGCAAAAAGCAGAAACUGCUUUACCAUAUGAUGAUGACGUAAUAAUGCUGGAUAGUGGGGAUGAUGACGAUUCCGUUGUCUCACGGCCUUCAACUUCUCAACAGCAUAAAUCAGUUCCGAAAGCCGAUGGAGAGAAUGUAUCUCGAGAGCAAAGAGAUUCGCCGUACGGGUCCAAUACAAACAUGCCGAGAUAUCAAAGGCAACACUUGCCACAGGCAUCUGAACGAUUCAUGCAAUCGCUACCAGAUGCCAACGAACCUGUGCAGUCAAGCACAGGAAAAAACGCUCAAAGGUCUUCUGCACAUAGAUACAUGGCGCAUGUUGAAACAUCUAAGUUCAGGCCGAGAGGAACGAAGUAUACCUGCCAUAUUUGCUCAGCUAUGAGAGCUCCUCAUGAAAUCCGAUACUCCUCACGUAAAAUGCACCAGAAUAUUGUGCUGCUGACUUGUAUGAAAGCUCUCAAACUUAUAAGCUCGAUUUCGGCUAGAUGCAUGUACAAGGAUAUCCUGCGCAAUAGGAAGCGUAUAUGCCAUGAACAUUAUGUGCAGGCGGCAAGCUUCAUUGCAAAAUAUGUGCAGAAUAUGUGGCAACAGUUUCCUUAUGAAGGAAUCGGUGCUAUGCCGCGCAACCUGAAGGAGAACCUGUUGACGUACAUUCAAGUUAAUGAGGAUAUCGAUACAGAUGUCACUCUGAGUUUCAAUGACAUCGCACAAUUUUUCCACGAUUGUUUGGCAAAAUAUCGUGAGGAGGAAACUGGCAUCUGGAGUGUAGAUGAGUAUUACCGGAAGAUUGCAGCAAAAGAAGGCAUGAUGAGAAUGCUAAAGAUUGCUGAAGAGGACGACAAUGGAUGCGAAGGGCAAUCAGAAGAUUACAGCUACUUGAAAAGCUAUGGCCAUUUGGAUGGCGGCGAUUUGGGCGAGGAAAGACAGGCUCAUGGUGAGGAGAGUGGAUUCAACAUGAACUGCGGGCAAUCAGAGAAAAUAAGGCAGGAAGAAGUGAAUGAUUUUGCUGAAUUUGAAAAAACUCUUCAGCGAAGAAACGACACCAACAAAUGGCUUGCUUUUUCUGACACGUUGUGUGCUAUGAUAAAAGAAUUCAAAAGGUGCACGAAAGGGCUUGUUGCAAUGGGAGGAUCAAAGAAGCAUUUACAUAACAUACAUAUCGAUAUGGUGCUUGCAAUAGAAGAACAGUGCCUUAGAGAUGGUCAUACCGCUCAUGAGAAAAAUAUACUGAUUCAUUCCUUAGCGGAUUAUUGUGGGAUUCAGAGAAGCACACUAUCUGACCGAUGCAGCAAGCGAAAAGUGGAACGAUUGCAUGGAGCACCGAAUUUGCUAGAGUCCCUUGAAGGAAGACGCUCAGCGUUCAGGAGUAUUGUUGCUCCUGCGCCUGAGACCUCCCGUCCCAGCGCAUGUGAGAUGUCUUCAACUUCCAGAGCUCCGACUGUGGCGGCCUCCUUGGAGACAUCCAUAGCUCCUGUCGCAUCGUCAUCGUCUGAAGGUCGCAUUAUUGAUGCUGAUGCUCUUAUCAAACAGGAAGAAUCUGUAGAAAAUGAUAAGAACAAGGUUUCUGAGGAAAACGAUACACUUUUCAAAGAGGCCAAGGAGGAAAGCAAACAUGGAGAAGCUGCGGCGAUGGAGCUCUUGGAGCCGAAGGCGGCAGAUUCAAUUCCGGCACCGACACAACCACCACCACUACCACCAUCGAAUUCUCAAGUGCUAAACGAAGCAGCGGCGAAUAGUCGAGGGUCUUCUUCAAGUUUGGUUGUAGCAAAGACCGAAGCCUCUGAUAAGAGCACGUUUGAUGUUUCUGAAACACUUAGAGAGUACCAAGCGUGGUUGGAAUCUCUAGACGGUGAUAUUUUCCGUGAGAGGUUCCGAAUGACCAAGAAGACAUUUCGAGCGUUGUGCAAAGCGCUUCAUCCGCUAAUGUUGAAGAAAGCAGUACGGGUAGUUGAUACUACCGCAGCCAGGAUAGGUGUAGCGUUAGAGAUACUUGCCGGACGCAACGAACGCACAAUACUCUGUGGAAGUAAGGAAUCAGCGAUGGUAUCCGACAUCUUUUCUGAUACGUUGGAAGUGUUGCUCGAGUGGUCAUCAGCAAUGAUACAAUGGCCUGACGAGAAAAGUUGCGAGAGAAUUAGUGAUAGCUUUUUCGAAAUAAUCGGUAUGCCUAACAUCGUUGGCUGUAUAGAUGGAACCAUAGUGAACGGUUCCCAGAGUAUCAAUGUAGGAGUUGUUGCUGACGACACCAAGCUUUUCCGAUGGGUGUUCGCCAAAUUUCGAUCCACUGUCAACGAUGAAACUGUAUUCAACAAGAGCUUGCUUUGCCAGCAUCUUCGAGAAGGUGUCAAGAAAGGGCGACUAAUCGGCGACGAUGCUUAUGAAAGCAAGCCGUUCUUAUUAACACCAAAUAUGGGAAAAGACCACCUGACAGUCGAAGUAUCUGCAUUGCAUAUACAUUUGCGCAGAGCACAUGAAUUAGUCAAGGAAGCUAUAGCAGACUGGAAAAGACAGUUCCCGAUACUGGACACGGAUAUCAAAUGGUCUUCACCUGCACGAAUCAUAGUGAGUUGCGCUGCGCUGUAUAAUUUGGCGAGGAACAUGGGUGAACCACCAUUUGUUGAUGAAGAGUCUGCCGUCAAGUGCGAGCCAAUGGAUUGAAAUCAUUCUGUCAACACGGGUUAUAGGAUCUCAGCAAAUAGGACCAAAUCUUGAAGGAUUUUCUCUUGGACUCAAGGAUCUUUUCUACAUGAAGUGUUUUAUUCAUGCCUUGCUCUGAUUGUUUGUAGAUAUAAAUAUAUGACUUCCUCU